AUGGACGCCCCGGAGCGGCAGCCGCCCGACCCCGACGGCGGGGACGCCCCAGGCCAUGAGCCAGGGGGCAGCCCCCAGGAUGAGUUCGACUUCUCCAUCCUCUUCGACUAUGACUAUUUGCCUAUCGAAGAAGAGCCGAAUGCACAUAAGGUCGCCAGCCCACCCUCCGGAUUCGCAUACCCCGAUGUUGUCCUGGACUAUGGCCUCAAGCCAUACAGCCCCCUUGUCAAUCUCUCUGGCGAGCCCCCCGGCCGAUUCGGAGAGCCGGAGAGGGUAGGGCCCCAGAACUUUCUGAGCCCGGCCAAGCCAGCGGGGGCCUCCGGCCUGAGCCCUCGGAUCGAGAUCACUCCGUCCCACGAACUGAUGCAGGCAGGGGGCCCCCCCCGCGUGAGAGACGCUGGCCUCCUGGUGGAGCAGCCGCCCCCGCCGGGGGUGGCCGCCAGCCCGAGGUUCACGCUGCCCGUGCCCGGCUUCGAGGGCUACCGCGAGCCGCUUUGCUUGAGCCCCGCUAGCAGCGGCUCCUCUGCCAGCUUCAUUUCCGACACCUUCUCCCCCUACACCUCGCCCUGCGUCUCGCCCAAUAACGGCGGGCCCGACGACCUGUGUCCCCAGUUUCAAAACAUCCCUGCUCAUUAUUCCCCCAGAACCUCGCCAAUAAUGUCACCUCGAACCAGCCUCGCCGAGGACAGCUGCCUGGGCCGCCACUCGCCCGUGCCCCGUCCGGCCUCCCGCUCCUCGUCGCCUGGUGCCAAGCGGAGGCAUUCGUGUGCCGAGGCCUUGGUUGCCCCGCUGCCCGGAGCCUCACCCCAGCGCUCCCGGAGCCCCUCGCCGCAGCCCUCGUCUCGCGCGGCAGCCCAGGACGACGGCGCCCCGGCCGGGUACCCCCCCGCGGCUGGCUCCGCCGUCCUCAUGGAUGCCCUGAACAGCCUCGCCGCGGACUCGCCUUGUGGGAUCCCCCCCAAGAUGUGGAAGACCAGCCCCGACCCGUCGCCCGUGUCUGCCGCCCCGCCCAAGGCCGGCCUGCCCCGCCACCUCUACCCGGCCGUGGAGUUCCUGGGGCCCUGCGAGCAGGAGGAGCGGAGAAACUCCAUCUUGCUGGUGCCGCCCACUUGGCCCAAGCAGCUGAUGCCUGCCGUUCCCAUCUGCAGCAUCCCGGUGACUGCAUCCCUCCCCCCGCUCGAGUGGCCGCUCUCCAGCCAGUCGGGCUCUUAUGAGCUGCGGAUCGAGGUGCAGCCCAAACCGCACCACCGGGCCCACUACGAGACGGAAGGCAGCAGAGGGGCUGUCAAAGCUCCGACCGGAGGCCACCCUGUUGUUCAGCUCCAUGGCUACAUGGAAAAUAAACCUCUGGGGCUUCAGAUCUUCAUCGGGACGGCCGACGAGCGGAUCCUCAAGCCGCACGCCUUCUACCAGGUGCACCGCAUCACGGGGAAAACUGUCACCACCACCAGCUACGAGAAGAUUGUGGGCAACACCAAAGUCCUGGAGAUCCCCCUGGAGCCAAAAAACAACAUGAGGGCAACCAUCGACUGCGCGGGGAUCCUGAAGCUGAGAAACGCGGACAUCGAGCUGCGGAAAGGCGAGACGGACAUUGGGAGGAAGAACACACGUGUGAGGCUGGUUUUCCGGGUUCACAUCCCAGAGUCCAGCACCAGGAUUGUCUCCUUGCAGACUGCAUCCAACCCCAUCGAGUGCUCCCAGCGAUCCGCCCACGAGCUGCCCAUGGUGGAAAGACAAGACAUCGACAGCUGCCUGGUCUACGGGGGUCAGCAAAUGAUCCUCACGGGGCAGAACUUCACGGCCGAGUCCAAAGUCGUGUUUACCGAGAAGACCACAGAUGGGCAGCAAAUUUGGGAGAUGGAAGCCACGGUGGACAAAGACAAGAGCCAGCCUAACAUGCUUUUUGUUGAGAUCCCUGAAUAUCGGAACAAGCACAUCCGCACAUCCGUGAAGGUGAACUUCUACGUCAUCAAUGGGAAAAGAAAACGAAGUCAGCCUCAGCACUUUACCUACCACCCAGUCCCAGCCAUAAAGACGGAGCCCACUGACGAGUACGACCCCACUCUGAUCUGCAGCCCUGCCCACGGGGGCCCGGGGAGCCAGCCUUACUACCCACAGCACCCGAUGGUGGCCGAGUCCCCCUCCUGCCUCGUGGCCACCAUGGCUCCCUGCCAGCAGUUCCGCUCGGGGCUCUCAUCCCCUGACGCCCGCUACCAGCAGCAGAACCCAGCGGCCGUCCUCUACCAGCGGAGCAAGAGCCUGAGCCCCAGCCUGCUGGGCUACCAGCAGCCAGCCCUCAUGGCGGCACCCCUGUCCCUCGCGGACGCCCACCGCUCUGUGCUGGUGCACGCGGGCUCCCAGGGCCAGAGCUCGGCCCUGCUGCACUCCCCCCCAGCCAGCCAGCAGGCCUCGCCGGUGAUCCACUACUCGCCCACCAACCAGCAGCUGCGCUGCGGAAGCCACCAGGAGUUCCAGCACAUCAUGUACUGCGAGAACUUCGCGCCCGGCACCCCCAGGCCCGGCCCGGCCCCCGUCAGUCAAGGUCCGAGGCUGAGCCCAGGUUCCUACCCCACAGUCAUUCAGCAGCAGAACGCCACAAGCCAAAGAGCCGCCAAAAACGGACCCCCGGUCAGUGAGCAAAAGGAAGUAUUACCUGCGGGAGUGACGAUCAAACAGGAGCAGAACUUGGACCAGACCUACCUGGAUGACGAGCUGAUAGACACACACCUUAGCUGGAUACAAAACAUAUUAUGAAACAGAGUGACUGUGAUCUUUGAUCCAAGCAAUCAAAGUUAAAG